AUGGAGGAUGCCUUCCAUUUUGACGUGUCGACCAAUGACGGUCUCUUAAAGAUGCAUGAAGAGGUCACACAUGGUGGCUUUGUGGCGGUUCGUCAAGGCAAAGGUGGACUGCGAAGUUGUAUUUUUCUGGAAUGGAACGAUGCAGUGCUCUUCUUGGACGAUUGUCCCGGUGCACAGUAUUCCGUGUUUGUCAACAUUCAAGACGCGUUGCUCUACACACAACAAGGUACCGGUAGACAGCAGCAACCACAGCCACGAAAACUCCCACAUGAAAGAACGGAAGAACCCAUCCUCAACGACAAUGAGAAGAAUCAUCCAAGUGAGACACAUCAUGAGCAGCAGACUGAUCCAUCAGCUGAACCUGCAAGAACCAAGCGAAAGCAUCCUGAUGACAAUGAUGAUGACAAUCUGGAUGAUGGCUUUCUAUCCAUUGAGAAUCUAUUGGGCAUGGAGGAUGACAAGGAGAAGUCAGAAUAUGAAGACGAUGAUGACCAACCAGUGGCUCAAUUGCGAACAACACAGGCACUGACCAAUCGUCGCGGGCGGCAAUCUUCAGCUCGCAAGAGAUUGUCCACCGGCAACAACUUUGAAACAACAACAAACAAGAAAAAAUCAACUUCCAAGAACAACAAGAGUAAGUCGGUUGAAAUCGUUGUCCAAGACCCGACGCCUUGUGAUGAUCCUCCCAAGAACGACGAAAAGGAACCAACCAAGCGAGGACGUGGUCGACCACGUAAGAAUUCUUCCACCAAUAGCAGCGAUUCACCUACCGGUAGCAACAACAAACGAAAGCGUCAAUCCUCCUCUAGUACUGCGAACGCAUCAGCCGCACCAGACGAAACGGAUGACGAAGGCUACGAAACCGAAGGAGGAACCAGUCGAAGAUACAUGAAACCCAACAAGAAAUGGAACAAAAUGUACGCGGCGCUCAAGGAGUUCACUCUACAACAUGAUGGGCAGUUCCCCGUACGAGCCAACCCGAGUGGUAGCAACAAGAGCAAGCAAAAGAAGAGCAGCAACAACAAUCCAGCUGGAGCCAAUAACAAUGCAGCCGAAGGGAGUCCUUCGCAAGACGCGGAUGCCAACGGCACUGCAAAUAGUACGAACGAGGACGUCGUCCAUUGUGGCGAUGACAGUGCCGUGGAUGAAAUGGUCAAGUGGAUGGAAACACAACGUUAUCAUUAUCGUAUCAUGAAGGAAGGAAAGAAAGCGUGCAUGAAUCCAAUCAAAAUACAGUUGCUACGAGACAUCCACUUUGACUUUAAGUACUACAGUUGGGAUGAUUACUUUGAUCAGCUACGGCAAGUCAAGGAAGGUUUUGUACAGCAACAACAGCAACAACGAGACAACAACACAAACAACAAUAGUGCCAGCAAGGAAAGUUUAGAACAGUAUCUCGACAAGAUUCUGGUCCAUCCCUUUUGCAACCAUCGAUACGAAGGUGACAAGGAGGAGAACAAUGCUGACACUGACAACCACAACCAUGACGACGACGACAACAACCAACAACAGGGAAAGACGAACAUUAACUACAAUAAUCUUGGCAAAUGGUUCUACAAACAGCGAGAACAAUGCCGGCUUUUUCUGCAAGGCAAACCAUGCUCCAUCAGCAAGGAACAAAUGAAUCAGUUAUUUGCUCUACAGGUUUGUGAUCCCGGCAAAUUGGUACAGCCCAAACCCAAAAAGAUGAAACGAUCCGUCGCCAUCAAACAAGAAAAGGCCGAACAGCAUCGACAAGAAAAGCAAAGUCAAGAUGAAAAGAACUUUGAACGCAUGUUUCGAGAAUUGGUCCAGUACAAGCAGCAACACGGAACUUGCCAUGUACCAAAGUCCCUCAACAAUGCGCUGUCCAAGUGGACCAUUGCCGUCAAGAACAUGUAUCGACGUCAAAGGCAGCAGAAUCAAAACGAAGAUGGUACCGAUGACAAUGACGAAAACAACAAUAGGUCAGCAGGCAAAAAGCGCGCCCCGUCCGUGCUCACAACAGCUCGCAUCCAACGACUGGUCGAGCUGGGCUUUAUCUUUGCCAUGACGGAAAAAUCGCCGUACCUCAAAUUUCCCGAAUGGGUCGAACGACUGAAAGCGUUCAAGGAACAGCAUGGACACUGUCGUGUCCCUCACGACUUUCCACAAGAUCCUGGGCUCUCGGCAUGGGUGCACCGACAACGGAACGAGUAUCGCAAGUACACGGAACAACUCGAGCUGGGAGAGGAGGUCCUGGCCGCGCGACCCUACGCCAGCAAGUACGAAGCCAAGUCCACACUGACACCCGAGCGGAUUGCCACGUUGAACGAAAUGGGCUUUCUCUGGCAAGUCGCCAAACGUACUGGAAGUUUCUUUGGUACCGAUCGCAAGAGUUGGGAUGAACGGUUCCAGGAGUUGAUGGAAUACAAGCGCGUGCACGGGCACACGUUGGUCCCUCAAGCGUAUCCCAAACUAGGGGAAUGGGUCAAGCGGCAACGUAGGUGCUACAAGUUCCUUCAGGAAGGACGAAAGAACCCCAACAUUACCGCUGAACAGGCGCAGCGCCUGAAGGAGAUUGACUUUGUGUUCGAUGUCAGAAAGCAGCAACGACUGCAAAAGGCUGAAGAGGAGUCAAAGCAGCAAGAAGAACAAAAGCUCCAAGAAACCCGAGAGCAGCAGCUCUUGAUGGAACAGCGAGAGCAGCAACUAGCACUCCAACAACGCCAACAACACGAACAGCGUCAACAAGAGCAGCAACAACUCCACCAAGAACAGCAUCAAAGGUUCUUCCACAUGCAUCACCUACAGCAGCAACAUCAACAAGGAAUGAUACAACCACAAAUGCAGCAUCAUCUGCACCAACAAACACAGCCGUCAAAUAUACAUCCGCAGCAGAUGCCAAUGCCUGGGCACAUGCAACAUCCGCAACAGACACAGCCUCACCUACCUGUAUUGCAACAACAGCAGCAUCCGCAACAAGGAAUCCUGCAGCCAGACUGGUAA